GUUUCGGAUACUUUAAACGCGUUUAUCAUCUUCUUUUUAUUACAACUAUAAUAUAUUACCAUGGGAAAAGACUAUUAUGAGAUUCUUGGCGUCUCCAAGGAUGCAGAUGAAGAAGGAAUCAAGAAGGCUUACAGAAAGCAAGCCUUGAAGUGGCAUCCCGACAGAAACAAGGACCAGCCAGAGCUAGCAAACUCCAAGUUCCAGGAGAUCGGUGAGGCGUUUGAGGUUUUGAGUGACAAGAACAAGCGCGCUGUGUACGAUCAAUAUGGCGAAGAAGGUCUCAAAGGAGGAGGAGGAUCUGCUCCAAGCAGCCACAGUACCCACACAACUACCAACAUGGGUGGAUUCCCUGCAGGAUUCAACUUCCCCGGUGGCACUUCUACAUUUUUCUCGUCUACUAGUAGCAUGCCUGGCUCACACAAGGGAUUCAGUCCUUCUAAUGCUGACGAUAUAUUCAAACAUUUCUUCUCUUCGUUUGGAAGUGGUACAGGAGGUAUGGGUGGCAUGGACGAUGAUGAACCUAUGCCCGAACGAUUCUCUUUUGGAGGCAUACCAAGAGGAACGUCCACAUUCAGAACCAGCCAGACUUUCCCUCAAAAAUCUUCUGCAAUCAAACGGUCUCUCCUUAUCUCUCUCGAGGAUCUCUACACCGGAACAACCAAACGUCUCAAGGUUACACGCAAAACCCAUGAUAGUGCUACAGGCCAGUUGGUCAUGACAGACAAAAUUCUCAGCAUCGAUGUCAAACCUGGAUGGAAGGCCGGAACCAAGAUUCGAUUCCCGGGAGAGGGCGAUGAACUCGACAAUGGCGAAGUUCAGGACAUCGAGUUUGUGGUUGAAGAAAAGGAACAUCCUGUAUUCAAGAGAGAUGGUGAUAACCUUGGUAUCAAGAUUGAUUUGAAUUUCGUGGAGGCUUUGGCUGGCUUUUCUCGAAAGAUCCAAACCCUCGAUGGACGGACGUUGAACAUAAGCUCUCAGGCAGUCAUCCAACCAGGCCAGACAUCUCGGGUUCCCAACGAAGGUAUGCCGAAUUCCAAGACUGGUAAAAAGGGUGAUAUGAUUAUCAACUACGAUAUCAAAUUCCCUACUGAGCUCACCCCAGCUCAGAAAGAGGGCCUCCAGAAGGUCUUUGCUUAAUCAAACCUACAUGUGUUAUUUGCUUCCCUUGUACAUACGUGUAUUCCCUUUUGUACAUUUCAUCACCAUAUAAAAGUUGGGCCCAACGUAUCCAACUUCCAGAUAUAAGCUAGAGACGACAACAAAAAACAAGAUCCCAAAUGAAAUUCAAGUCUUUCUAUAGACUAAUAUCUUUAUAUCUACAAUGGUUGUCCUUUUUAUUAUAACUCAUCCCCAUUAUACCUAAAUAAAAUGCAUAUUUCAUUUUAUUCUAUAAUCUUCAAAUAAAUGUUUUUCAACGGUCAAGCUU